AACUUAUUGUUAUUUAACAAAACAUUUUUGGUUAAGACAUUCUCUUUGAUUAUUUUUCCUUCAAUUUUUCGUCGUCAAUCAUGGCUUCGCAGCUCCUCAAACGCGCCCUUAGAAGCCAGUCUGGUCAGAUCUUCUCCCUUUCAUCUAGCCUUAACUCUUCCUCUCCCUUUCCUUUUAGGGCUUUUUCUUCCGCAGCUACUCCGAUCCGAGCCACUCUCUUCCCCGGCGAUGGUAUUGGUCCCGAAAUUGCGGAGUCCGUCAAACAGGUGUUUAGAACUGCUGAUGUGCCCAUCGAAUGGGAAGAACACUACGUUGGGGACGAAAUAGAUCCUCGAACUCAAAGUUUCCUCACAUGGGAAAGCUUAGAAUCAGUGAGACGUAAUGGUGUGGGUUUGAAAGGACCCAUGGCCACACCAAUUGGAAAAGGCCAUCGUUCUUUGAACCUUACCUUGAGAAAGGAACUUAAUUUAUAUGCUAAUGUGAGGCCUUGCUACAGCCUACCUGGUUAUAAAACUCGAUAUGAUAAUGUAAAUCUUAUCACCAUCCGUGAGAACACAGAAGGGGAGUACAGUGGACUUGAACAUCAAGUGGUGAGAGGUGUGGUUGAAAGCCUUAAGAUCAUUACCCGUCAAGCAAGUUUACGGGUAGCGGAAUAUGCUUUUCACUAUGCCAAAACUCAUGGGAGGGAGAGAGUCUCUGCAAUUCACAAAGCCAAUAUUAUGCAGAAAACUGAUGGUCUUUUUCUUAAGUGUUGUCGGGAAGUUGCAAAGAAGUAUCCUGAGAUAAAGUACGAGGAAGUUGUCAUUGAUAACUGCUGUAUGAUGCUUGUGAAGAAUCCAGCACUUUUUGAUGUAUUGGUUAUGCCGAAUCUUUAUGGUGACAUUAUUAGUGAUCUCUGUGCUGGUCUGAUUGGAGGAUUAGGGUUAACACCAAGCUGUAAUAUUGGUGAGGGAGGUAUUGCUCUUGCUGAGGCUGUGCAUGGUUCAGCACCGGAUAUUGCUGGAAAGAACAUGGCAAAUCCAACUGCUUUGCUUUUGAGCGCUGUCACGAUGCUUCGACAUUUAAAACUCCAGAACAAAGCAGAUCGAAUCCAAGAUGCCAUCCUCAACACCAUUGCAGAAGGGAAGUAUCGAACAGCCGACCUUGGUGGUUCAUCAUCAACUACCGAGUUCACCAAUGCAAUCUGUGAUCAUCUUUGAGGAAUGGUGUACAUUUGCUUACAUUACAUUGCGGUAUUGUCUCUGAGGAACCUUUGUGGAGGCUUUCCUUGAUAUCUUUUCAUAGUUUCUCUGAAGAGUAAUAAGUUCAGAUCAUAUUGAUGACUCUGAAGUAGCUUUAUCCCAAGGGUGCUACUAUUUUUUAACCAUUGAUCCUUUGCUGGCCAUACCAAAGGAAAACUAAAAUGGCCUUGUUCAUGUAAUCAGCCAUACAAUGUCAGAUGAUUGAGAUCUGUUAAAUUUUAUUUCUACGAAAACAUGGCUCUUUUUUUUUUUUUUGUUCCCAUUUUUUGGUCUAUGUUAGUCUUCAUCACUAUAGUUUGUAAAAGACGAAAAAGAGCAAUCUUAUUAUCCUUGAAGCUUUGCCAUAAUUGUAUCACGUGCAAAUUAAUUUA